UCAGACGUCAUUAACUCCUUCCUUCAUUUGUGCAGUGGUGCAAUAGAGAGCUUUUCUCCACCCCUAAAAAAUCCCAGGGUGCAGCUUCCCACUGAUAGUAGGAUGGUGUCCUGCAGGUGACAAACCACUUUUAAUGCAGCCAGCGAAGUUCUAUCUGCAUCAGGCCCCCUCUGCACAGGGGACAUGGUCCCUCCUCCCCUCCAUUCUUGUUUCAUUAAUGUAUGUGGUUAUAAAAAGUGAAAGAAUUAUUGUUUACUUUUUGCACUUCACCAAGUUUGGAUAUGACAAUAAACUAGCCAGUUUCACUUUCUGUUCUCUUGGCCCAGUACAAUGCUGUAAGGUUUGAGUUGCAAACCUUGCAAGGGACUGUUUAAAUACAAACAAACUGUUCUAAUUUGUCAAGUAUCAGAGAGGUAGCCGUGGUAGUCUGGAUCUGUAAAAAGCGACAAAGAGUCCUGUGGCACCUUAUAGACUAAUAGAUGUAUUGGAGCAUAAGCUUGCAUGGGUGAAUACCCACUUCGUAUUCUAAUUUGCGGUGUUUUUUAAUUCAUGGAAACAUAUUCAUUUUAGAUUUUGUAACUUAGGUCUUGUUAAAAUUGUUCUAUUACGUUUGUAGAAACCCUUCAAAACAAUUUUUAUUCUAAAAUGUACACUUAACCCAAAAUAUUCCCUCUCUGUUUUAAUAUAUCUGCAUUAAGAGUAGGUGAAAUCCUAAUUAACAUGUAUGGUCUCUUUGGGUCUGAAAAUACAAAUGCAUACUAUUGGACGCAGUGUUUGACUUCAGCAAGGCUACUUAUGGUAAUUUGCACUACCCCAAUAGCGUGUUUGAGUUUAGGGGCCUAAGCCACGUUUUUCAGAAAUGGGUGCUAAAUCCAUAUUUAGUCAUUAAAAUCAGUGGAAGCUUCCAGGUGCUCAGCACUUUUGAAAAUCAAGCAACUUAUUUAAGUACCUAAAUGUGAUUUUUAGCAGUCUUAGGGCAAGUCUACACUAUGGCACUACAUUGGCUGUAGCGCAUCUGGUGAAGACACACUAUACAGAUGGGAGAGCACUCUCCAGUUGGCAUAAUUACUCCACCUUGGCGAGAAGCAGAAGCUGUGUCGCUUGCCGGGAGACUUUUUCACAUUCCUGAGCAAUAAAAUCAACCAAAGAAGAUGAAGGCCAAUAAAGGAAAAACCUGCACUAGAGAGAGAGAGUUUUUAUAUAAAUUCAAUGCUGGAAAUCAGCGCUUAGUGCUUACAGUGCCUCUCAAAUUUCCUGUGCAAGAAAAUGCCAGUCACUUGCAUGGACGUCUAAUGCUCCUGCACAAUUUACCAUGCUUCAUAGAAAAUGACUUAAAGCAAUCUCUUAGUCAGUUCAUAGAAGGAGAAUCCAUAAAAGAUUAUGAUAAAGAAGCAGAGGCGGCCCUGGAAGCUGUGAAAUCAGGAGAAGUGGACAUGCACCAGCUGGCAAAUGCUUGGGCUAAAGCUUAUACAGAGACAACAUUAGAACAUGCAAGACCUGAAGAACCCAGCUGGGAUGAAGAUUUUGCAGAUGUGUACCAUGAUCUGAUACACUCUCCAGCUUCUGAAACUCUGUUAAACCUGGAACACAAUUAUUUUGUUAGCAUCUCAGAAUUAAUAAGUGAAAGAGACGUGGAACUGAAAAAAUUACGAGAGAGACAAGGAGCAGAAAUGGAUAAGGUGAUGCAAGAACUAGGAAAGUCGCUAACAGAUCAAGAUGUAAAUGCGUUGGCUGCUCAGCAUUUUGAAUCCCAACAGGUUUUGGAGAAUAAAUGGACCAGUGAACUAAAACAGUCCACCGCCAUCCAAAAACAGGAGUAUCAGGAAUGGGUGAUAAAACUUCAUCAAGAUCUAAAAAAUCCCAACAACAGCUCAAUCAGUGAGGAAAUUAAGGUUCAACCCAGUCAGCUGAGAGAAUCUGUAGAAGGCAAUGGAAGAAUUUAUGAAGAGCAGAGACAGUUAGAAGAAAGUUUUACUAUUCAUUUGGGAGCCCAGUUGAAAACUAUGCAUAAUUUGAGAUUAUUGAGAGCUGAUAUACUGGACUUCUGUAAACACAAACGCAAUCAUCGAAGUGGAGUAAAGCUUCACAGACUUCAAACUGCAUUGUCACUCUAUUCAACUUCUCUUUGUGGCCUGGUUUUAUUGGUAGACAACCGAAUCAGUUCAUACAGUGGCAUCAAAAGAGAUUUUGCAACAGUUUGCCAAGAAUGCACAGAUUUCCAUUUUCCUGGGAUUCAAGAGCAGCUUGAAAUUGUGCAGCAGGUUGUACUUUAUGCUAGAGCACAGCGCAGCAGUAAGUCAAAAAGACAGCAUGAUUCAGUAAACAAAAAUGGUGGAAAUGAAGAUAAGUCCAAGAAUAUUGAACGAAACCAAUCAAAUAUUUUGCCUGGAGAAUUUUACAUCACACGCCAUUCAAAUCUUUCUGAAAUUCAUGUUGCUUUUCAUUUGUGUGUGGAUGAUAAUGUAAGGUCUGGUAACAUUACUGCUCGGGAUCCUGCGAUCAUGGGCCUCAGAAAUAUUCUCAAAGUUUGCUGUACACAUGAUAUUACUACAAUUAGCAUCCCUCUUCUACUGGUACACGAUAUGUCAGAGGAAAUGACUAUACCAUGGUGCUUAAAGAGGGCAGAGCUUGUGUUUAAAUGUGUCAAAGGCUUCAUGAUGGAAAUGGCUUCAUGGGAUGGAGGAAUUUCUCGGACCGUACAAUUUCUGGUACCGCAGACUAUAUCUGAGGAAAUGUUUUAUCAGCUGAGUAAUAUGCUCCCCCAGAUCUUUCGAGUGUCCUCUACGCUGACUCUGACAUCUAAGCACUAACCCCUCUGAAGUAAUAAGAUGCAUGUCACUGGAAGAGAUGAGAGUAUUGGUUUAAAUACCAGAAUUUCUCCUCUGUAUUUUCCCCAAAAUUGACUGUUUAUUUGGAAGUUAAAUUUCAUUCCAUUUAAAAGUUCAUAAAAUCAGUGUUCUGUCUUGAUGUAUUUGCCAAAAAAAUCAAAUACAGUCAGUCUUUCAGCAAGAUAUUAAUGUGAAAUAUUUCACCUUUUUACACAUAUCCUGUACAGUAAAUAUUUGAGUGUGACCUAAAAUGUGUGUAUUUAAAUGUUAUCUAUAGAAACAUAGUAAUUUUCAAACCUCAGCAUUUACAGUAGCAGGAAUAGAUAUCUAUACAUUUUUGGAAACAUUCUUGUUUUCUGAAUUUGCCCAGUGCAAUUUAGAAGAGCAUGAAUUAUGUCAGGCAAGCCUUCUUAGAAUAACUUAAAUAAUCUGGAAACAUUGUAAAAACAACUGUAAUAAGGUCACCCUGACCAUGAGAAUAAAAUUGACACCCCCUCCCAUAACAGUUACAAAAUGAAAGGUAAAAUAAAAUGAAAAAUAACCACUAA